AUAAUUUUACCCACGCACGCCCCUGCGUGUGACGUCAUCAGUAGGUGGAUGUGAACUUCCUAGUUGAGUUUUUGAGCCGUCUGUCUUCAACAUCAACAAAGCCCGAGUAGAGGCACAGUUCAGCGGAUACUGCGACGUGUCUCUGGGAAAAGCCCCGCUCGGUUCCGCUAAAAAAGAAAAACACAGCAGAAAGUCCCUCUCGAGCCGCCAUAAGUUUCCUAAUUGUCUUCUCUAAGGUUCGCGCGGAGUGUUUCUGGAUGUUAUAAUGACUUUUUACAGAGUUCUCUCGGCGGUGUUUGUACCGAUAUGUUGUGUGUUUGUGUCCGCGGCGAAGGAUGCGCUCACACUCACCACCGGCACCGGCGGCGGCGGCACCGUGGCGCCCGGACCCGCGGUUACGAACUCCUCCGGCGGGGCGAACUCCACACACAGCGGUGGCGGAGGCGGCGGCGGCGGUAGGAUGCUUAGCGGCCUAAAUGUGGACAGCUCGAUGAUCCAGAGGGCCCUGUACGUGUUGAUCGCCAUCACCAUGAUUGGAGUUCUCUACUUCCUCAUCCGAGCUGUGCGGAUGAAGAGGCCCGCCCCCAAGAAGAAGUACGGUCUGCUGGCGAACUCGGAGGACUCGGUGGAGAUGGAGGGGGGGGAGAGUGACGAGGACGACACGCUGUAUGAAGCUCGCAGCCUCCGCAGAUGAGUCGCCAUGUGUUCACCGGACGGAUCAGGCGAGUCAUGUGUUCCCCGUCACAUGAUCUGUUAUUGAUCAGAGAGAGAGAGAGAGAGAGAGACUGACCAAAGACUGGAGGAGGAGGAGGAGGAGGAGAAAUGGACCAAACACUUAUUGAUGCCAAAGCUGCUCGAGGAACUCAGCAGGAUUAAAAAAACAAUCAUUAUUUUUUAAGGUGGUAUUGGAUGAUUGAAUAGAAUUUAAGGUGGUAUUGGAAGAUAUAAUAGAGUUUGUGGAGAAGCAGACGUGAAGGUUCUGUGGAUCAUUUUGAUAAUUCCUCUGUUAUUAUUAUUAUUAUGAUUAUGAUUAUAAUUAUUAUUAUUUCAGACUCUUUUUCUGGGAAGUUUCUUUUUCUUCCUGUGCUUAAACUACUGCAAACUGACUCCAGACCAGCUGAUAAACCUGCAGACAUUUGGACUUCUUAGUGUCCCUUUCAUUUGAUUUUCAAGCUAAAACAUUAAAGGAUGUUUCCGGUGUUUUUUGCCGUGUAUGUGCCUGAAUGAUCUCAGACACUCUGACACAGAGAGGAGCCAUGUUGGCUCGCUGCAGACAACCAGCUGCCGUUUGUUGACACGCGGGAGGCUGUGAAUGUGUGUUGGUGGGAGAGAAGUUAGCCAACAAGUGCUGCAAGAUACACAAUAUUCAUCUUUUCAUUAAAGGGUUACUUCUGUAUUUUUCAA